AUGUUCACCUCCAAGCUCGUUAAUGUCGUUGUGUCUAAACGAGCCUUUUCUUCUUCGGCGGCUAACGCUGCGAAGGUGGCAGUUCUCGGUGCCGCCGGUGGUAUUGGACAGCCACUCUCGCUGCUACUUAAGCACAACGAGUUGAUAUCACACUUAUCACUCUUUGACAUUGUGAAUACGCCUGGAGUGGCCGCUGACAUAAGUCACAUUAACACCGCAAGCAAGGUCACGGGUUACGUUCCUGAAAAUGAUGGGCUCAAGUUGGCUCUAACUGAUGCCGAUGUCAUCGUCAUUCCGGCUGGCGUUCCUCGAAAACCGGGUAUGUCCCGUGAUGAUUUGUUCAAUACUAAUGCUGGGAUCGUAAGGGAUUUGGCCACUGCCGCCGCACAAUAUGCGCCAAACGCAUUUUUAGCCGUCAUCUCCAACCCCGUUAACUCAACGGUGGCAAUUGUAUCAGAAGUGUUCAAGAAAUUCGGUAUUUAUGACCCACGAAGAAUAUUCGGGGUGACGACUCUUGAUAUCGUACGCGCUUCUCGCUUUGUUUCAGAGCUCAAGGGUACCAAUCCUAAAGAUGAGAAGAUUACGGUUGUUGGUGGACAUUCCGGCGUGACCAUCAUCCCUCUCCUCUCACAGUCUGGUCACACUUUCACCGAUGAAGAAUUGAAGGCGUUGACGCAUAGAAUACAAUUUGGUGGUGAUGAAGUGGUCAAAGCCAAGGCUGGUACCGGAUCAGCAACGCUUUCUAUGGCCUACGCCGCAAAUCGUUUCACCGGCUCCUUGCUUCGUGCCAUAGUUAAGGGAGAAAAGGGUGUUAUUGAGCCAUCUUAUGUGAAAUCCGAUUUAUUCAAAUCAGAUGGUAUUGAAUAUUUCGCGUCCAAUGUCGAAUUAAGUUCCGAAGGUGUUGGUAAAGUUCAUUCAUUGGGAAAACUUAGUGCUUAUGAAAAAGAACUUUUAUCCGCAGCUUUACCUGAACUUAAGAAAAACAUUACCAAAGGAGCUGAUUUCGCAAACAAUUAA